AUGAUUGAGACUGAUUGGAGGGAAAUUCUUAAUUACUCUCAGAAAGAACUGAAGCAAGCCGAUAAAGAAAAGCUUUGUGAGAACUUAUCGUGGAUGGAAGCUGACGACAUUGAGCUUAAUUUUUCCGAUUUAAAAACCUUGUUUAGGCUUUCUCAAGAUAUCUUAAAGUUUAAAAGUGAACAGGUAAACACCCUUCUUGGCCAAGUAGAAACCCUGAAAAGAAGAUAUGGCAAAGCUAAAGAAAAAAUUAUAUCAAUGGAUUCACCCGCAAAGGAGUCAGAUUUUCUGGAGACAAUAUCGCAUCAAGAAGAAGUUAUAAAAGCAAAUAAAGAAAUAUUAGAGCAAUUAUAUUCUGAAAUUGCCGACUUAGAGAAACGAAAAAGUAAGGUUCUCGAAGAAGAAAACAAUGAAUUGAAAGAGAAAUUGGCCAUAUUCAAAGAAAAACUCAAAGAAUCAACACAAAUUAUUGAAAAUUUAACAGAGAACUUAUUUGCUCUUAACAGCGAAUGUGGACAAUUAAAAAGUACUUUGGGAAAAAGUGAGGAAGAGAAAGCUCAUUUGAAACUUUGUGCAGAAAAUUUUAACCAAAGAGCUACGAACUGA